UGCAAAAUUAAUUUGGAAUAUAAGAAGUAGGUGCGCCAACUUUUGGCACCGUUCUGUGCGCGUAAAAGACGCGCUGGAGCGUGUUUGACCUGUUGGCGUUUAAAAUCGAUGUUCGCACGUUCAGCGCGCGCGCGAGAAAGAGAGAGAGACGCAAAGUCUACACUGAGCGUGCGCUUCGGAGUGAGAGAGAACGCAACACAGUUUCUUUUUUAAACACCAAACGGGCGCGGUAAUGAGGGCAUUAGGCGAGAACGCCAGCUGACAGCACAAGUUUGCACCGUUCCCACGCCAACUUUUCACCUCCGUAAACGCGCGAAUGGAUGUGCGCUUCACUAAUGACAAGGACUUCAAGAGCUGAACCUCCUUGGCUGCCUUAAUAACUCCGAGAGCACUGGUUUAUUCCCGCAGUCAGUUACAAGAGUUCGUUCCUCUCGGAUGUUUUCUGCUUGGUGAUUUGUGUCCGGUUUAUGUUUGCUCAGCGGGACUAGUGUUCGCGAACGAUGAGGCUGCUCUGCUGGAGCGUUCUGCUGUUCAUCCAAUGGAUUCUGAGAAAGGUGCAUGGCUUGGAGAAACAGGUGGGCAAAUCUCUGGAUUACCUGGAGCAAGGACAAUCCGGCUCAGUCUUCAAGAGCCUCCCAUACGGCGUUCCCGCUCCGUCAGGCGGCGUUAAACCUCCCUACCAGACCUCCAGGAUAUUCUCCACCCUGGACCACACACCAACGAAGCCCAAACCGCCCAUCUUCAGCUUCCAGAACCCCUACGAAUGGGUGCGAAACCAGUCUCAGCUCCUGGACCAGACGGGCUACCGUCCCAAACGCAAACCCUCCCUCAAAACCUCCAUGAAGACCAAGAAGAUCUUCGGCUGGGGCGACUUCUACUUCAACGUCAAGACGCUCAAGUUUAGUCUUCUGGUGACGGGGAAGAUCGUGGACCACGUCAACGGGACGUUUACAGUCUACUUCCGCCACAACUCCUCCAGUCUCGGGAAUGUUUCGGUGAGCAUCGUUCCUCCGUCCAAAAUCGUGGAGUUCGAGGUUCUCCAGAACCCGCUUCAAUCGGAGAUCCAGAUCCACCAGCCGCAUCAGUCCACCAUCGACCCCAAAGAAGUCAAAACCUUCAACUGUCGCGUCGAAUACGAGAAGACGGAUCGCUCGAAGAAGCCCAAACCCUGCCUUUACGAUCCAUCCCAGACCUGCUUCACUGAAAACACCCAGUCGCAUUCGUCCUGGCUCUGCGCUAAACCCUUCAAAGUCAUCUGCAUCUUCAUCUCCUUCUUUAGCAUCGACUACAAGCUGGUGCAGAAGGUCUGUCCGGACUACAACUUUCAGAGCGAACAUCCGUAUUUCGGAUGAGGAGGCAUUUUCCAUCUACGUUUUAUUUGUAUAUGUGACCCUCGCUCUUAAAAAUAAAGGCGCUUCACGAUGCCAUUUUUGUCUUAACUUUUGUCUAAACAUCUGAAAAACCUUUCUGUUUCUGGUUCUGUGCGGUGAAGGAAGGUUCUUCAGAUUAUAAAGAGAUGGUUCUUAGACUGAAUGGUUCUUUGUGGAACCAAAAUUGGUUCUUCUGUGGCAUCGCUGUGAAGAACCUUUCAAGCACCUUUAUUUUUAAGAGUGUAGCUGGAGCACAAAACCAGUCAUAAGUAUAUACACUGCAAAAAAUGCUUUUCUUACUUAGAUUUUUUAUCUUGUUGCUUAGAACAAGCAUUAUAAUCUUAUUUCAAACAGAAAAC